GCGGCCUUUGCGCAUGCGUCCGGCUAAACUACAAGCCCCGCCAGCCCCCGCGCGGAAGGCGUGGCGCACGUGACCCGGCAGGAGGGAAUGCUGCGCGGCGGGGGCGGCUGCUGGAGGCAGCACGUGCGCGCGGAGCUGCGGAGGCGGGAGCGGCGCGCGCGCGGCCUGCGGGGGCUGGUGCAGCGACAUGUGGAGCUGCAGGAGCGGAUGGCGGCUCAGCAGGAGCGGAUGGCGGAGCGGCUGCGGCAGGACGGGGAGGCCUCCGGGCCCCCCGCGGACCUGGUCUCCCUCCACGUGCAACUUGAGCUGGAGGCUGUGGAGCUGCGGCGCCAGAGAGAGGAGCUGCGCCAACAGGUUGCCCUCCUCACAGAUGUCCUGAGGGAGGCUGAGGCGGAGAACCAGGAACAGCGCACAAGGAUGGGGCGCCUUGCCCACGACUUGGCUGCCCUUACGCACCAGUACGAGGAGGUGCAGUGCAAGGCCUGGAUCCUGUCCCAGGAGGCGGAGGGGCUGCGCCAGGAGCUAGAACAGGCGCGUGGGCUCCUGCAGGACACGCAGCGAGAGCGGCUGGACCUGGAGGCCCGCUGGGUGAGGGAGAAGGUGGAGGAGGCCGUGCGGGUGAACCGGGCCAACGAGCAGGAAGAGAAGUACCGGAGGAAAGUGAUCCGCCUGCGGGAGAAGCUGGAGAAGGCCAGAGAAGCAGCGGGCUGUGUCCCCAGGCUGGUUGUGGAAACGGCACCCGGAGACGAGAGCAGCAGCCUCAGCCCCGCUUGCAAGGCAGUGGGUCUCCAGGUUGCAGGAAUAGGACAAGCUGGCUCCAGCCCCCCUGGGCACGCAGGAACGGUGCCGGCGGCGGCUGCGCCGUGAAGAGCCCCCCCCCCUCCGCUCCCUGCCAGCAGCUACACGGGUGGUGGGUCGCGUGCGUCUGUUGCAGGGCGAGCCAGGCCUGCGCUGCGGCUGCACGGGGCGAGAGGCGGGGCUCCGCUCAGAGCAAGGACCACGGACAGCCCGCCUGGCCAACAGCCCCAUCGCCCCGCAGAGAAGCCACUGGUGGAGCCUGGCGCUGCUGCAGGGGGCCGCCCAGCAUGGCAGUGGGUGGGGUGGGGGUGGGUGGGUCAAGGACAAGCACUGCAGCCCGAGCUGAGCCCCUGGCCGUGGCCACCGCCUCCUGGGCAGUGUGUUUAAGUUGGCUGCCGGACAAUUGAACCAGCAGUGGGGGAAAUGAAGACAAAGUCCAGCAAACGGCAUCCAGACCCAUCAAGUUGCACCAUUGCCCGACCAGGGCUUCCGGCGGGGAGCAGCACCAGUGAGUCUCCCCUUCCCCAAAAGAAAGGGGGGCAGAGGGGAGAAGGCCCCCCGCCCCCUUCCUCACAAUGCCCAGUCAGUGAAUAAAAGCAGGUCUCUGUUAA